GAUCCCCUGGAGAAGAGAGAGGCUACCCACUCCAGUAUUCUGGCCUGGAGAAUCCCAUGGACGGUAGGGUCGUAAAGAGUCGGACAGGACUGAGUGACUGUGACUUUAUCUGGCAAGUGGUGGUGCUGAACUUGGAACCUCUGGGUGAAGAAAAUAUUUGGAAGCUCUGCGAAUACAUCAAAAACCACGACCAGUAUCCUUUAGAAGAGUGUUAUGCUGUCUUCAUAUCUAAUGAGAGGAAGAUGAUACCUAUCUGGAAGCAGCAGGCCAGACCCGGAGAUGGACCUGUCAUCUGGGCUGACCUCAGGCCAUUCUGCUUUGUUAAUGGUUCGGAGGAUAUCCUUACAGACUUUUUCUCGGAUUACCACGUUGUCUUGCUUCAUGUUUCAAGCGGAGGACAGAGCUUCAUCUAUGACCUUGACACUGUCCUGCCGUUCCCCUGCCCCUUUGACACGUACGUGGAAGAUGCCUUUAAGUCUGAUGAGGACAUCCAUCCACAGUUCAGAAGGAAAUUUAGAGUGAUCCGUGCAGACUCAUAUCUGAAGAACUUUGCUUCUGACCGCUCUCACAUGAAAGACUCCAGUGGGAACUGGAGAGAGCCUCCCCCGUCGUAUCCCUGCAUCGAGACUGGAGAUUCCAAGAUGAACCUGAAUGAUUUUAUCAGCAUGGAUCCUGAGGUAGGAUGGGGAGCCGUCUACUCACUGUCUGAGUUUGUACAUCGGUUUAGCAGCCAGAACUACUGAACUUGACCUCUGGAUGUGGUGCCGUAGAGAAACCCUAGAACCUGAACAAUCUACCCCUUCAUCUGAGACAGCAAACAUUAUGGUACAUUUGGCUUGGAAUUAUGCUUUCCCCUUUUAAUUCAGUUGAAUUGAAAAGAAUAAAUAGAAACCAUUUUUUUGAUAUGUCAGGUUGAAACUUGAUGUAGUUGCUCAGAUAUUCCUACUGUUCAUUUGUUAAAACCUAUGAAGACUUAGGCCAGUGAUUGCUUUUUGUUAUGAUAUUGAUAUGUGGACUUUGUGUCUCUUUUGGAUGUAUCAUGUCUCUCCAGCUCCACUGUAAGCUCCCUGAGGGCAGGGCCGUGGCCCAUUGCUUUGUGAAUCUCUGAUGCUCAAAAGAGGCCUGUAAAAUGUUUGCUAGUAACUGUGCUGCUGCUUGAAGAGGGCUGCCAUUGUGAGCUGAAUCAGCAAUAAAUGUUAGUCUUUUGGGACCAUUAUGUUCUUAGAAAAGUUUGCAGCCCUCUCAGGCUUAAGUGUUCUUUGGCCUAUUUAUAUGUUUUUAAAUAAAAUUGAC